CUGGUAAUUAAUUUCUAUCUGUCUCUCUCUCUCUCUCUCUCUCUCUCUCUCUGGAGUUAACAUGGCAGAGGAGAAGAACCCAGCAACCACCAUUGAUGAAGAACCUAUUCCUAAGAAAACAUCAUGGCCGGAAGUAGUCGGACUUACCGCCGACGAAGCGGAGAAGAAAAUUAAAGAAGACAUGCCAACUGCUCAUACUUUUGUACUUCCUCAAGGUAGCCCCUUCACUUUGGAUUACCGCAUUGAAAGGGUUCGAAUCUUAGUUGAUUCCACCGGAAAAGUUGCCCACACUCCUCACGUCGGCUGAUUUACACACACUCUCUCUGUCUGUAUGUCAAUAUUAAAAUAAAACUACCAAUGGUGUAAUCACUUUUCAAUAUUAUUUGCAAUCUCUUUAUUACAAUCCUAGCUAAAUGGGUACUUCA